AUGGGGCUAGAUCAAGGAGGAUGCCCCGUCGACGGGCACCAGAGGCGACACACAUCGUCCGUCAGUGCGGCGGACGCGGACGCGGCGAGGAAAGAGACAGAACCACAGAGGACUGGGUCGAUACACGAAGGGAUAGUGCCUAUGGAAGGCAUCGAAACAGAUACGUCCGGCGUCAACUCGCCUCGAGCAGACUCGCAAGACAUGGCAACGCAGUCCAUGUCUUCUUCCGCCAACACGACGACCGUGUCCACACCAGUCGCCCAGUCGAGCAGUCUCAGCUCGUCGCCGAGCGAAACCAAAUCCAGACGAUCUGAACUGUCACACGCAGCACGAGCAGAACGUGCGUCCACAAGGCCCUCCAAGGCCGCGACACAGUCUGCCGGAAGCAGGAGGACGAAUAGUGCGAGGGCCAACGCUGGCAGCUCAGCCGUCGGCAGCGAUCUCCCGAUCGGGCCACCCAUCACCAAGGCCACCCUGUCGGAUCUCGACGUGGUGCGCAUUGUGCAAAACUCGAAGCUGCGCCAUGACAUCAACUUUGACCCCGACCUGCACUUUCGACCUAACGUCCUGGGCGACAAGGGAAAGACGAAGCAGGAGCGCUCGCAGGCCUUUUGGAGGACACUGACAGAGCAGCUGGGCAUGUUUGUCGACGAGAACAGGCGGCCCGAGUUUAUGAACCGCUACGCACACAGCGACGAGUGGUGUCUUCCUGUGCUCCUACGGACGAUCAAGGAUAUUGUCGAAACGCUCGUGCCGAAGCGAGACCGCGACCUGAUGGACGAGGCGUUCAAUGUGGAACUGCUGAUGCAGCAGUUCUACAAGGGCGUGCUCGACCUGGAGAGGUUGGCCGAGUGGCUGGCUGGGGUGCUCAAGACUCACUGUGCCCCCAUGCGUGACGACGAGGUCAACAACAUGGUUGCACGCUUCCGCCUGGGCAGCCGCGAGGGCAACCUGGAGCAACUGGUCAUGGGCAUGCGCGAGCUCUUGAGCGUGCUCGAGCACAUGAAGCUCGACGUGGCCAACCACCAGAUCCGGUGCCUCCGCCCAGCGCUCAUCCAGGAGACAAUCCACUACGAGCAGCGCAACUUCAGCAAGAAGAUCGCCACCCGCCGGCUCGAUAUUGCGCGCUCGAGGCUCUGGUACCGCCGCGCACAGCGGCAAUACGCCCGGGACCCUGCCGAAGGCUUCGGUGACAUGUCCGUCUUCUUCCGUGCCGUCGCGCGCCUCGUGCGACCUUCGCGCGCACGAGGCGAGGACGCCAUCCUGCCCGAGACUUUUAUCCACGACAACGACCGACUCCUGCGUAUGCGCAGCGACGUGCUCGACGCCGUGAACAUUGACGUCUGCAUGCGUCUCUACGAGAAUCUCGUCGGCGUCGCCAAGACCGCUGCGUAUUUCCCCACGGACAUGGACAAUAGCAGGUCAAGCGUGUCGUCGGUCAACUCCACGGGCAGCACGGACGGCAACGGCUUCUCGUAUCUUCCCUUUCACCACGCCGGAUCCCGCCCGAGCAGCAUGGCCCUGAGCAGCGAUGGGCAGUCCCCACGCUCAUCCCUCGGCCUGUUCACAACCGCCUCGACGCCUCCCCAACUGCCCUUUGUCAGCGAGCGCGAAGCCAAGUUGAAGGCAGACAACCUCUACUCGUCGCUGGUGGCCAUCCUCCAGUCAACGUCCACCAACAUGGAUCAAGCCAAGCGCUGGGCGGAGGCAGCUCCCCUAAUGGCGGUCGAGAUCUUCCGCUUCGCCGAGGCGCCCUCCUCCAUGCUCGCCACUGUCGAGUCGAGGCUCGGCGAAGUCCUCUCCAACCCCCGCGAGGAGCUCUUCCUGGAUGUGGAAGCCGAGUACCACCGUCGUCUGCUGGAGGACCUCAGCAACCGUGUUCGGGAGUACAAGGGCCUGAACGGAAUGAGCCUCUACACGGCCGCCUCGGAGAAGAGGAUCCCUCCGGGCAGCAACAUGCCCCGCGACUUUUACGAGUGCUUGCGCGACGGCGCGGAGAUUGGCGUCAGUGACUUGGCCAUGCGGCUGGCCCACGUCGGCAUCCUGCACUGGAGGGUCUGGGCGGACCUGGCAUACCUGAGUGAUUAG